CGCCGUCUGGCUCGUCGUGGCGGAGUGAAGCGUAUCUCGGGUCUGAUCUACGAGGAGACUCGCGGUGUGCUGAAGGUGUUCCUGGAGAACGUGAUCCGUGACGCCGUCACUUACACCGAGCACGCCAAGAGGAAGACCGUGACCGCCAUGGACGUGGUGUACGCUCUGAAGAGACAGGGCCGCACUCUGUACGGCUUCGGCGGUUAAACUCAUUCACACCAACUGAAAGAACUCAACGGCUCUUUUAAGAGCCACACACUUUUUUUUUUUAAGAGCUUCGUUCUAAUACGAUGCACUAUUUAUAAUAUGGCAACAGAAGAAAUCUCGCAUUUCGGACAGUCUUGAUUUGCUGAACAAAGUAUGUUAAACUAUAACUGGUUCAGACACUUGCAUUUUGUUUUUUUUUGUCUGCAAGCUGUAGCAUUACAUAAUUGUUUAAUCCAGACAAAGGGAACUGGUGUGUUCAUCAGCAUCAUUCUCUGAAGGAGAUAUUCCCCUUCAUGUCAUAGAAGGAAUCAUCAAAGAGCCAAGGGGUUUAGUGUCUCCCUCUUCCCUUUGAUAAAAAUACUUGUUACAUUGUAUACUACAUCACAAUAGAACAUGUACAACAAUUAAAUACCUCAUAUUACCAUG